AACUGUAGUUAUCACAAUGGCUUCCGCAAAAGACACAGCGACUUUCUUUAGUGAAGGAACAGCCGAUCAGUUUUCACAUGUUUUAAGUUUAUACCCUCAGGCGUUGCGAUUAAAGGCAGAAAGAAGGAAUAAGAAGCCUGAAGAACUGAUAAAACUCGAUAACUGGUAUCAAAAUGAAUUGCCAAACCGGAUAAAAUCACGGGGAAAGGACGCCCAUCUCAUCCACGAAGAAUUAGUUCAACUUAUGAAAUGGAAGCAAGCGAGAGGGAAGUUCUACCCGCAGCUGUCAUAUCUGGUGAAGGUGAACACACCCAGAGCAGUUAUGGCGGAAACGAAAAAGGCGUUCAGAAAACUGCCCAAUUUGGAACAGGCCAUUACAGCCCUCAGCAAUUUGAAAGGAGUGGGAACGACUAUGGCUUCAGCUCUGCUGGCAGCGGCUGCGCCGGAUCGGGCUCCAUUCAUGGCCGACGAGUGCCUUAUGGCCAUCCCGGAGAUUGAAGGCAUCGACUACACAACCAAGGAGUACCUCAACUUUGUGUCGCACAUCCAGAGCACCGUCGAACGGCUCAACAAAGAAUCAAACGACAACUGGUGGAGUCCACACCGGGUGGAGUUGGCGCUGUGGACGCACUUCAUCGCCAGCGAACUGAAGCCAGAGCUGCUCGACGGAAUUCCCAACGGCAGCACAACGCACCAAAAUGGCGACGCCCCUCCCUCAUCCGAACAGACGCAGCCCAGCUCGGACGGUCUAGAGUGCUCGGACGAGAGCAACGUGGACUCGGUGACAACAUCUACAAGCGGCGGUGGUGGCGCAGCAGCUCCCGCCUCCGAGUCCGCCCCUACAGCCAAGGGUGCCGCCACCAACGGAUCGGCGGUGCCGCCCCCAGCCGCCGCCUCGCCCCCGAAGGCGGCGCCCGAGGUGCUAGACGAGACGACCACCACCUCGUUCCCGGGCGGCGAUGACAGUUCGUCGCUGCCCGCGUCCGCGCUGUCCGUUUCCGCUUCCGCGUCCGCGUCCGAGGAGGAGUCGUCGCGUGCCAGUCUGCUGGACGAUGCCGCCGCCGAGCCGCCGCCCGCCAAGAAGGUCAAACAGGAUGAUGACGAAGCUAAGUGAUGUACGCGGUUUCCGCCCCUCUACUGCUCCUCUGCUCCUAUUGUCAAUCGUACAUUGUAAGCUGGGAUUGUGUUGUUACUUUUUUUCUCUAUACGACAAGCGUCAUGCUCUAAAUCAUACAGUGGAUUUAUCUUGAACAGGCAUUAAUUCCGUUGUUACUUUCUUCUCUAUACGACAAGCGUCAUGCUCUAAUUCAUACAGUGGACUUAGCUCAAACAGGAAUUAAGUUGUUACUUUUUCUCUGUCUUCUCUAUACAACAACCAUUCUUAUGGUAGACUUAUCUUAAACAGGAAUUAGUUGCUUUCUUACUUUUUAUCAUCUUCUUUAUAUAAUCAUCAAUCACCAUCAUCUUCUAAUUCAUAUAGUCGAGUUAAAGUAAACUGGACUUGCCUUGUUACUUCUUAUCAUCUUAUCGAUACGACAAGCAUCAUAUUCAAUUCAUACAGUAGACUUAUUUUAAACAGGCAUUAUGUCGUUGUUACUUUUUCAUUGUUACUAAUUCAUACAGUGGAUUCAUUAUUAACAGGCAAAAUUGCUUUGUUACUCUUUUAUCAUCUUCAUGCAACAAGUAUCAUGUUCUAAUUCAUACAGUGGACUUAUUAUAACAGGAAUUGAUUGAGUUGUUAGUUUCCCAUCAUCUUUAUACAAUAAUCAAAUACAAUGUGUCGAUAAUCGUGAUCUUCUCAUUAAUCUUGAAAAAUUAUUUUAAACAGGAAUUAAUUGCCUUGUUUCUUCUUCUCAUUCAUACUGUUGAAUUUCAUCAUCUUUCUCUCACAAUCAUCGUCAACUGUCUUAAUUAGCAUCAUCUUCUUAUUCUUAUAGCAAACUUAUAAUCCGGAAUUGAUUAUUUCGUUACUUCUCCAUAAAAUCAUCAGCCGUUCAUUCAUCAUUCAUCGAGCAUAAUUUUCUACUUGAUGCAGUAAACUAAUUUGUUUGUUAAACUAGUUUAAACAGUAAACUAGUAAACUAGUUUGUUUUCACACUUACUGAUUCUCAUUUCGACAUUAUCGGUCAACAUUCAGAUUCAUAUCCGUUUCUACUGUCAUCUAUCACCAGAUUUUAAUCUUUCAUCUGUCUUGAAAUCUGAUGAAAAUUCCUCCGACAAAGCACCUCUCAUCUUCUGUCUUCACUUUCUAUUUAUUUCCUUGUCAUUCCUGAGUAUUUUCAUGAAUUUUCGUUCCUUUGUCAUCUUUGAAUAGAAUAAGUAUACUUAAUGCCAAUGAGGAUUCUAAUUUGGAAUAGCAACUAGGUAAUUUUUAAAUUGUAACUAAAGGACUACCGAUGAAUACCAGAAUUUCUUUCAUAUGCAAACCACGUUCUUAAAUGUAAAACUUGUCUUGAUAUUGACAAAACUAAUUUGAAAACCGUGUUCGUGAACUUUCAAAUAUUUCAAAAAGGAAUGAGUCUUCAAUUUAUCCUAUUGACGAUAAUGCAAAAGAGUGUUUAUUCUAAUUUUCACGGUCUUAUAUUAAUAACAAGUAUAUGUUUUGAUAAAUGUCAAAGAUAUUGAAAUCACAGUAAUCUCGAAAAAUGGUUGAAAUAUUUCCCAAAUCAUGUAAUGAAUUCGGGUGUGAAUUAGUCGCCAUCUCACGAAAUUUUAAAAUUUGAAAAAUCCAGGACCUCAUUUGCUCUAGAUAAUGAUAACAAUCAUAUAGUAUUUAUUAGUGUAUAUCUGUAACAGUUGAUUCUGUAUGUAUCAUUAUCGACUACUUUAAAUCACCAAACAUUUUUCCUUAAUGCUAAUAUUUUUAAUGUUAGAUGACUAUAGCAGAUGGUUUAUUCAAUUUAAAAUAUGCGUGUUGACAUUGAGCUGGUCUCAAUUUUCACAGUAAAAUAUUUAUUUUUUAUAGAAUAUUGUAAUAUUUAAUGAGAUGAAACCUGUUGAUUAGGACGUCGUUGAUUAUUACAUUUAAAUAACUGCGAAUUCUCAUGAUAAUGUAACGGUACAACCUAAAAUAUCGAGAUUGAAAUCCGGAAAAUGCGGGUUAGAUGUUAGAUAUUCAAUGAGAUGAAACCUGUUGAUUAGGACGUCGUUGAUUAUUACAUUUAAAUAACUGCGAAUUCUCAUGAUAAUGAAGGUAGAACCUAAAAUAUCGAGAUUAAAAUCCGGAAAAUGCGGGUUAGAUGUUGUGCUCUCAUCAACAAUUUAUUAUUCCAAACGUGUAAUUUUUUGAA